AUGAGUGGAAGACCUAAGUCUAGGAGGCGGGCCAGGUAUUUUAGGGGUCGUGCUGAAGAAGGGAGUAGUAGUGCCAGCAUGAAUGCCAUACACCCAGAGCCCAGGAACCCUGACUCCAGUGGGUUAACUCGAUUGUGGACAAUUAUCCUAAGUGUGGUGUUUAUAUUGACUUUUCUCCUUAUAGGACUUAGAAAUCACAUGCAGCUUAAAGAAACAGGAUUUCCUCAGAAAAUCAGACACUUUUAUGCUCUAAUUGCAGAAUAUGGCUCAAGGCUUUACAAUUACCAGACAAGACUUCGAACACCAAAAGUACAACUGGAAAUUUUAAAGAAGGAAAGUCAGACUUUGGAAAAGAACUUCCGGGAAAUUCUUGUUUUAAUUGAACAAAUAGAUGUCCUGAAGGCACUGCUCAGAGAUAUGCGGAAUGGUCUGUACAAUUACAGCUGGGAGGCAGGUCUGGGAGAUACCACAGAGGAUGAGGACCACAUGGGGGUCGAGGAUGAGGAAACAUCAAGGUUGGUAGAUUACGUACUUAAAAAGUUCCGAGAAGAUCAAGUCCAGAUGGCUGAUUAUGCCCUUAAGUCAGCAGGAGCCUCUAUUAUUGAAGCUGAAACCUCAGAAAGUUACAAAAAUAAUCAAGCAAAACUUUUCUGGCAUGGGAUUGGGUUCUUAAAUUAUGAAAUGCCUCCAGAUAUUAUUCUUCAGCCAGAUGUCCACCCUGGAAAGUGCUGGGCCUUUCCUGGCUCCCAGGGUCAUGUACUAAUUAAGCUUGCCAAGAAGAUCAUACCAACUGCUGUCACCAUGGAGCACAUCUCAGAGAAGGUGUCCCCCUCGGGAAACAUCUCUAGUGCACCGAAAGAAUUUUCUGUCUAUGGCAUCUUGGAACAAUGUGAAGGGGAAGAAAUUUUCCUAGGUCAGUUUAUAUAUAACAAAAUAGGAACCACAGUUCAAACAUUUGAGCUCCAGCAUGAAGUUUCUGAAUCUGUAGUAUGUGUGAAACUUAAAAUCCUCAGCAAUUGGGGACACCCAAAGUAUACUUGUUUGUAUAGAUUCAGGGUCCAUGGUACCCCAGGAGAUCACACCUAA